CACAGGUCAGCUUGUUUACGUAUUCCUAGAAAGCUGUGUGUUAUGGUGAAAGGCAAAAUUCUCAAAUGGAAUUAAUUGAGUAAUUACUUUAUAGGGAUGUUUUCACUUACGUCCUCAGAACUGUAAUUUCUAUGAUGCAUGUGCCAUGUCGAACCCGUCGAGAGACGUGUGGCUGGUUAGUUGGAUGCUACUUGCCUGCCUCAUAGGUGAUCUGACCUCAUUACAACCAUCAAUUGGCUGUAAUGCUACUAUGGAGGAUUGUCUUAAGUGUCGGAGUGCUGACACGGGCGGAUCUCUAUGUGUUAAGUGCGCCAAUCUCAUUGUCAUGGAAUCAAGAUUAUGUGUAGAUUCAUGUCCUCUUGGUUACCGUGAAGAAUGGUCAUCACAAAUCGACUAUAUGGGACGAGUGUGUGCAGAAGGGUCUCUUCUACUUGGUGCGCUAGCUCUUUCUGGCUCUAGACUAUCUGUAGUAGUAGGUGUACUCUGUGGAGCAGCUAUUUGCAUUCUGCUGUUAGUCGCAGCUGGAAUCCUCUUGCGGUUUCGUCGCUCAAGGUCUACAAGACAUUGGAAACAAGAAGAGCAGCACCUAUCUGCUGGCUCUGCUCAAUCAACUAUUAGUAGACAUAGUCAUGGAGACGCAGCUGAGAGAGGAGAGUUUCUGAAACAUAUCUGGACAUUACGCUCUGAAGCACCUAUAUUUUUGGCUAUGCUCAAUGACACCAGACGACAAGUGAGAACUUUGCUUCAAGCGCACACUAGCAAACAUUCUGCAGUCCAAGCCUACAGGCCUGUAUUGAAAGAUUUAUCACGCAUCUUAAUUCUCCUGAAUCGUCGUGAUGACUGUAUCACUUAUCCUCCGGAUGACUGGCGCACACUUCUGGGAUGGGGAGAGAGAGUUCUGCGACGGUACAAAAAGCACAAUCCACAAGAGGUUGAUCAGCUUGUUAACUUUUUGAAAAUCCAGACAAACCCCACCUACUCUACUCACCUGGGCAAUGCUCCCAAAUCAAAUAGUUUGUCUUCAUUUCAGGCAGCUUCCAAUCCGAGUAGCCCUCAGCCUGUGGGUCCUAUUGGACCCAUUAGUGGUGACUGGAGUGACUCUUGUGCUGAUGAUAGCUUAUGGGACUGCACAGCUAUGAACGAAUGGCCCAGUGCUAGAGAAUUUCUAGAUGAAGAUGACUUCCUUACUCUUGGUUUCCGUCCUCAAGAUGAAAUAACUACUGAGCUAUAGCUUAUAAUUCUCAAUAUCAUCUAAAUCUGCAAACUAUUUUGGAGUUCAGAAUCAUCAAAAGUAUUUUUUGACACUGUAUUUUUGAUAUAAUUUUUAUACUGUACUCAGCAAGUAUAUUUAGCUAUUGGCCUGGCCUGUUGCAUAAAAAUACUGAGGAUUCUUUAUUGAACAUAAAUUUAACUAGCCCUGAUAAUUAUUUUUGAUGGAUUGUUGUGUAUUAUCUUGUAUUGUUUGAAGCCAAAGGUGUAGUUUUGACAAAAUUAAGACUGGUGCUAUGCUGGAAUGCCUUUUAUUGUAUUGACCAAGGACUACCUGUUUAAAAUGGGAGGCUAUGAAGGCUGUGGAAUGAAUGUUUAUGAUUAAUUUAAAUCUGUAAAAAUGGUGAUUGUCUCAUAAAUAAGUAUUAGAUGUUGUUGUUCUUGGUUUUUUCUUUUAACUUGUUGUUUGCCUCAAAGAAUUUGUUUGUGUUUUGUAUUCAAUUCUUGAACUCUGUUUGUCACUAAACAUAUGUAAGUAGAUAAUUUUUGUUGCACAUUUUUUAAAAAUCAGAAACAGUUUGCACUGGUUAAAAGUUUCAACUGUUUCCUUUUCUGUCUGAUAUUGUUUCAGUGUAAAGCACAGUUUUUAUUUUUCAUUUCAAUGAACGAUGGAGGCUGUGCUAUACACUGUGGGACUUAGUGUGGACUUUUAAGGUCUUUCUUUGAGUGAUGACUCGGUGACUUGUGUGGGAGCAUAUCCUUCAAUAUAAAUUUAGGUCCCUUAUGCAUUUACAUUGUCAUAUGCAUAUGUCCUCAAUCUUGUGUUGGUAAUCCGUUCUAUCUGUACAACAGUUGGUGCCAAAUUUUUACUAGUAGAUUAUUCGAUUACAAGGCAUCUCAAAAAUCUGCAAAAGUUGUUAGAUUAGGUAAAUUGUACCUGUAUGAUUUAGAUUCUUUUUCUUUCUAGAUCAACAUGGUAAACAUAAGCGUCAUUAACUUGAUAUAUCAUAGCUGCUUUUUCCAAAGUGAAGGUUUGAGACCUGCUUAUUACUUUUAAUUUGCUAUUUCUGACAAAAGUGCCUAAAUUACAAUUAUGUAUGUUGAGUUUGACAGGAAAGUAUUCCUAUUAUCGGAUCAAUUGUAAAAUAACUCUCGUAUUUUGCUAUCCUGUAAGAUUUACCUCCUAUGUUAUAAUUUUGAAAUUUUAUGAUCAAAUAUUUAUUGUACAUUUUGUGUCUUGCAGUAUUCUGAGGAGAAGUUAGCUGUCUGUUGUAUUGGCAUCACACUAAUUACUUUACUAUCACAACUUUGUUGUGUUUCACAAUUUUAUAAUUGCUAUAAUUCAGUCAUAUACUGAAUAAUAAUGUCAAUUGCUCAUAGUUGUGUGUCGAUCUGAAAUUCCUCAAUCUUUUGUUGAUUGAUUAACCAAUGUAAAAAGACCUAUAGUGGGCUUGUCUAUUUUUCAGAAAUGUCCAUCUGAAUCUCCAAUAUUUCCUGUGUCUCCUGUAGCUUUUUGAGACAUCUAGUCUUUUAGCUUGAUGUGAUGCUGCUUCUCAAUUCAAGCUGUGACUCAAAUAACAAUUUUGAGAUGGUAGUACAACUUUAUUUAUGUUGAAUCUUUAGUUGUGAUAUUUAUUGUUUAUAAAAUGUACACAAUGUAUUUUUCUGUACUUCACUAAUAUGUCUCAAUGUAUUUGUCCUCCAUUUUCGGUAAUUUCAUCCACUUACCAGUCAAUGCAAUCAUACGUAAGUCAGAGGUCACCUCACUUUUAUGUACAAGCUCAGUUGUGUUGCAGGUAGUGGAUUCAUUUUUUUCUAUCUUUCUGUCCUUAAAUUGUCACCAUAUCUGGACCUACACUCAGACAGUUUUAAUUUGCAAUUUGUGGUUUUUGGCUUCAAGUUGUGAAGAGAUUGUUAAAAAUGAACCACUCUGAAUUGUAUUUUAUGUACUUUGUAAAAAGGUAGAAAUAAUGCCUUCAAGUAUUAAUUUUUUACUCAAAAUAAAUUUAAUUUUUUAAAAUGA